UAAAACCCAAACCCGAACUCUUCACGAGCAUUUUAACAGAAAGUUAGCCGGCGAGAUGGCGGGGAUGGAGUGGAAGAGAAAGGGGAAGAACCCUAGAUCAGUGCUUUUUGUUGCGCUCAUUCUUGCAAACCUCUCCUUGGUUUAUAGCGUGGAAGAUGAAUGCUCCGCUUGCAACGCGAUUGCGGACGAGAUAGAGAUCGAGUAUUUUAAUGGAAUGGAUUCUAUAAGUCGUCUUGAAGGGAAAUACACUGAUUACAGAAAUGGCACGCAAACAGUUGUUGAACUGCUGGAUGGUCUUUGUGAGAAAAUGCUAGACCACACACUAGAGAAGUUGGACACAGGUGAAGAGAUCUGGGUCAGAGUACACGACUGGAACGAUCUUCCAGCAGGUAAAGAUAAACAAGAGGCACAGACAUACUCAAAGUAUAUUUCAUCUUUCUGUAAAAGGUACUUUGUCUAUCCAUUAUCCAUUUAUAUUUAUUCCCACCAGUUUUAUUAACCCUUUUGUUUAGUUUUAUGUAAUUC